AUGAAUAAGCUUUGGGUUCGCUUGCAACACCAAGGUCAUUCACGAGACCGAGAAAAGCGUGAGAUGGAACGAAAAGAACUUAGAAUUUUGGUUGGAACCAAUUUAGUCCGAUUAAGUCAGUUGGAAGGCGUUGAUUUGAUGUUAUACGAGAAGACUAUACUGCCGGCUAUUUUGGAACAAGUUAUUAAUUGUAAAGACGUUAUCGCGCAAGAGUAUUUAAUGGAAGUAAUCAUUCAGGUGUUCCAUGAUGAUUUCCAUCUUCGUACACUUGGACCAUAUUUGUCAGCCACAGCACAGCUUCAUCCAAAAGUUAACGUUAAGCAAGUCGUAAUUGCACUUAUAGAUCGUCUAGCUGCGUAUGCUGCUCGUGAGGCUGAUUCCGAACCACCUGAAGUAAUUAAGCGUCAGGAGGAAGAGGCCGCUACAAGGCUUGCGGAAAAGUUGAAACGACAAAAGAUUGGAGGAUAUCAUGAUAUGGAUGAUGAGUCGCAAUCAAAUGAAUCUUAUUCACAUGAAGAGACAAGGGAAGAUACUGAAGAAAAUUAUGGGAAUGAAGAUUAUGACCAAACAUCCGAGUCCCAGCCAGAUAAGAUCAAACAACAGGAUAGAUUUGAUGAACCUAAGAAAUUCCGUGGUAUCCCUGAGGAUGUUAAACUUUUUGAAGUCUUUUGGGGACAAAUUGUUGAUUUGGUUAAGGCUCGUCCGGACUUAUCGAUUCAAGAUAUCACUGCCUUGUUGGUAUCUUUAGUUAAUUUAUCAUUGAGUUGCUACCCUGACAAGAUUGAAUAUGUUGACCAAGUCAUUGAAUUUGCCAAGCAGAAAGUUUUAGACUUCCACGAUAGUCCCGAUCUUCAUAGUUCUAUCACAGCUUCAAAUUUACUUAACCUUCUAUUAGCUCCAAUCAAAUCAUACACCACAUCUCUUACUCUACUUGCUUUACCUAAUUAUGCUGCUCUCCUUGCAGUACAGCCUUUUCAAACACGUCGUUCGGUUGCUCAAGCAAUUGUCGCUUCUAUUCUAAAGAAUGAGACAAUUAUUGAAACGCCUGAAGAAGUUAGUGGAAUUUUAGACCUUUGUAACGUCCUCAUUCGUGACCAAAAGGACGCGACACUUUCAAGUCCAUUCAGUGGUCUUACAAGUGGAAGAAGUACAAGGUCAAAUGGGCUUCCACCAAUAAUGGAUCCUGAAGAAUUUGCAGAAGAACAAGGAUGGCUUGCAAGAAUUAUUCACUUAUUCAAGAGUAGUGAUCCCGAUAAUCAGUUUGUGCUCCUUUCAGCUGCCCGUAAACAAUUUGCCGAAGGUGGUGAAAGAAUACGAUACACAUUCCCCCCUCUUGUUGUAUCUGCCGUGAAGUUGGCAAGGAGUUACCGGAAUCUUGAAGAUCAAGCAAGUAUUAAUCAUAACGCUAACGAUUUCUUCACAAUUAUAAUUAUAUCAGUUCUGCAUAUGAAAGUUGAAUGUUCAGAUGUAUGUUUACGAUUGUUCCUUCUUGCGGGACAAAGUGCAGACGAGUGUGGCUUCGAAGAAAUUUGUUAUGAAUUUUUCGUACAAGCAUUCACCAUUUAUGAAGAAAACAUUUCUGAGUCACGUGCACAGUUCCAAGCCAUCACACUUAUUAUUGGUACUUUACAUACCACUCGUGUAUUUGGUUCAGAAAAUUACGAUACCCUGAUCACCAAAUGUGCCUUGCAUGGUAGUAAAUUGUUGAAAAAACCUGAUCAAUGUCGAGCAGUUUAUCUUUCUAGUCAUUUAUGGUGGGCCACUGAGGUGGAAGGAAGAAUAAUUAAACCAGCGGAGGAAUUAUUCCGAGAUGGUAAGAGGGUUCUUGAAUGCUUACAGAAAGCACUCAAGAUCGCAGAUUCUUGUAUGGACUCGGUUACGAAUGUAGAAUUAUUUGUGGAAAUUUUGAAUAGAUAUAUAUAUUACUUUGAAAGAAAGAACGAAGCUGUCACUGUGAAGUAUCUUAAUGGACUAAUAGAUCUAAUCAACACAAAUCUAAAAAAUAUGGAUAACCCAGAUCAACAUCCUCCAACAUCUGCUUCUUCAGCACUUGUGGAACCAGAAGGAAAUAUUUCCGAAUUUGUUGUUAGGCAUUUCAAUUCUACAUUAUUACAUCUUAAUACACGCAAAGAUUCUGUACUCGCAGCCAAAGCUCAAGGAGAUAUGUAUCAACAAGAUUAUGACGAAAUUGAUACUAGCAUUGCGUUCGGAAGAUAA